AUGACUUCCAGGAGCCGCCUGGAAUGGGCGGGGCUCGAACGGCGCUGGGGGGACGUGAUUGGUGGCGGGGGUUCCAGUGAGCCGGGUGCGGCGACGUCACCGCUCUCAACAGGCUCCCGCAGGCCGCGGCGGCCAAUCAGGCCAGAGAGCUCGCGGAUUAGACGCACACACAAGUAUCAGCUCUGCAGUGAAGCUAAGUACUGUAGAGUGUAUCAGGAGUGUUGGCGGGGCUGUGAGGCGAGGCGUCGCCCCUGUGUUGGUGACUCACCACCCAAGUGUUGUGUGCCGCGUACCCCGCACCCGUGUGCUCCUCCGUCUGUUUCGUGCACCGUCGGACUCACACAACCCACCAAACUGGCUUCUGCCGAGACCGCCACCAUGCCGGACCAGGACCUGGCCUCCAAGUACAUGGACCUGCCCCAGCAGGGGCUGCCCACCAUGGCCCACACGCCGCCCUACGCGCAGCCCCUGGCCUACCAGCAGCCACCCACGCCGGGCUACAAUCCCCCGGGCUACAGCUUCCCGCCCAUGUAUGCCCCUCAGAGCUCCUACCCGGCCUACCCCAUGGGCUCCUACCUCACCUCGCAGUGCCCCUCGCCCUCGGUCGAUGAAAAACCUGACGACGAGGGUUCGGUCAGAGUGAGUGGCAAGGGCAAGAAGAUGAGGAAGCCGCGCACCAUCUACUCCUCCCUCCAGCUGCAACAACUCAACAAGAUCUUUCAGCGGACGCAGUACCUCUCCCUGCCGGAACGCGCUGAGCUGGCCGCCAAGCUGGGACUCACACAGACACAGGUGAAAGUCUGGUUCCAGAACAGGAGGUCGAAAUUCAAGAGGAUGAAAAAGGCGGUGCCGCCAGGUGGUGGAGGCGGAGGGGGCGGGGACAUGACCCAGGGGGCACAAGGGUUCCCUCUCUCCGCCUCUCCCAGCGCAGGCACUCCCCCUUACCAGACCUGCACUUCCCUGCCUCCGGCCAGCCCGAUACACGACUCGGACCUUUUCCAGCCACCUUCCCUCCCCUGCUCCCAGAUGCCACCCCUCACAUCGCUCUCGCAAGGUCACCAGCUGGGCCCCGAGGCUGAGACCAAGCCCACGACGCAGCCCGGCUUUGAGCACCCACAUGUCAAGUCUGAGUUCUUGAGCACCGCCUCCCACUCAUCCGUGGCUCCCUCUCCACACACCUAUCCCCCCACUCCCCACCACUCCCCGGGAGGAGGGUCAUUCCUAUCCCUGGUGGGUGACCCUCAGUAUCCGUCCCCCUCAGAGUCCCCUCAGCCCCAUCAAUCCUACGGCAGCUACUCCACGCUCUUGCCUCACGCUGUUUCUCCGCACCUCCACCAGCACUACACCUCCUACUCAACUUCUCCUCAUCCCCACUCCGGCCAGAUGAACCCGCAUGCCCACGGGCCUCCCCAGCACCCGCCCACGCCCACCAGCCAGUCCCACGAAUCCCACGGAUCCCCCAGCAUGUGUGCCCCAGGUCAUCCCGGAGCGCCGUGCCCGCCCCCGCCGCAGCACCACAUGAACCACCCGCCUCACGCUGGCUACAUGCCGCCCACUUCCAUAGCACCGCCGCCCGUCUCCUCAGCAGACCACAUGGCGCUGCCGCCGCCCACCUCGUCGCCUGGCCUGGCCAACGCCCACCACUGGGAGAUGAAGCCGCCCGCGUCGGCGCCCUACAUGUACUCCUGGUACGCCCCCGACCAGCAACACCUCCUCACCUAGGCCGCCACGCCCGCACCGCCAGCAGGGCCGCACCGCUGCUCUGCGUGGCCUAGUUACGGCCCGCCGCGAGGCUCCCCUGGCCCGCGGCGUCAGAGCCGGGACCAAAGAUGACUAGCAGAGCCCGAGGGCAUCCCAAAGAUUUUGUGCAAUAUGCUCGCCAUAUUGGCGAUGAUAUGGUGGAGGGCGGCCGGGCAGCGCGGCCACAGCGGCGCCACACACUGCUGGUGCUGCCGUGCUCGUGAACUUAUCAAAGAAUGAAAAUCCCUUGAUGAUUCACCGUGAAUUAUGAACUCUUAAGGGUGCCUCUGGACCGAGAACUGUAACAUUUUGUAUUUAUGUAUGUAUGUAUGUAUGUGUGUGUAUGUAUAGAUGCCUGUAUAUAUGUAUGCACGCAUAUUUGUAUGAAUGUGUGUGUGUGUGUGUGUGUGUGUGUGUGUGUGUGUGUGUGUGUGUGUGUGUCUUGAUGUGCGUCUUAAUGCUCCCCGCGACACACGCCCCGCGCAGGUCGUCGCUGCCGAGGCGUUUGUCAUCCUCGACGCGCGUCGGGAGUGGCGGCGCCGAUGAAACACCAAACUUGAGUGUGUCCCUGGCGGGCCGGGGAGCCGCGCCCCCCCGCCCGCUGUGUGUCAGUCACUGUGUAUAACAAAAACUGUGUCGUCCCGCACUCAGUAAACAGGAACUGCACAUACGAAAAAAAUACGCAACAUUGUCCACGUUCAGGAAUAUAGAUAGAGAGAAAACAAUAAAAUGUCUAAA